AAGAAGGAUCACUGAGAAACAUUUCCAACACCUUUAACUUUCACUACCAUCAUCGUCAUGUGCAAAGCUGCAAUUCUCACACUCGCCCUGCUGGUGGCGCUGCUGGGCGGCGCUCAGGCCACAGACGGACACCCGAUCUAUGGGGUGAAGCUGUGCGGCAGAGAGUUCAUCCGGGCGGUCAUCUUCACCUGUGGAGGCUCGCGAUGGAGGAGAUCUCUGGAUGUUUCAGGUGACCUCUCCAGUGACCUGCUCUCCGCUCAUGACGAUGAGGCCUCUGACAGCUGGGCCGCCAACCCCAUCAUCCCUGGCCUUUCAUACAGACCCCGUCCUGAUGCAGAUGCCCCUGCCUGGGCAGGAGAGGGCCAGGAGAGCCCCGUGUUCAGCCGCCCCGCCCGCUCGCUCAUCUCAGAGGAAGUCCUGGAGGCCUUGCGCACGUCAGACAGGAAGGGGCGGGACGUGGUCGUCGGGCUGUCCAACGCCUGCUGUAAAUGGGGCUGCAGUAAGAGUGAGAUCAGCUCGUUAUGUUAAAGGACUGCGUGAUCCCAUUUCUCCACCCUUCUACUUACUUACAACCUUCCUAUAUGUGAAGAAUGAAGGUGGAGUGGUUGUUAAAGCUUGUUCCUAUGAAAUACUGAAAAUAUAUGUGUGUCAAAGGUAUAGGAAUAGCAGAUUUUAGCCAAAGUGAAUAGCCUGUUUGUUACCCUAUUCAAAAACUACUCUUUAUCUCUGUCCUUGUGAUGUAUGGUCAUUGAUUUAAUAACUGGAAUAAAGUUUUGAU